AGUGCUCCACGGCCACAACAGAACAGAACAGCCUGCUGGAGGCAGAACAGUAUUCCUGAAGAAGCGCUCCCUGUUUACUUCGGUCGAGGGAAGUAUACCACUUGGGGCCGGCCACCAACAUGCGGCUGUCUGUCGUGUUUGAGCUUCUGCUUGUAUUCAUCCUGCUGGCAUUUGCAGCGUCCAGAGUAAUCGAGCCACCGUCUCUGGUCGAGAGGUCAGGUCACCGACAGGGACCACCAAACCGCUACUGCGCGUGUACCAACCUGAUGUGUAACUGCUGCAGGGAGUUCUCAUUGGCUGUAGUGCCCAUCAAAGGACCAGGUUGCGCUACGUUGACGUAUCUACAGGGUGAUUCACUAAUGGUGACGAUGAGCUUCGGGGACCGAGUGCUGCACAACACGACCAUAACAGGUAAAAAACCAAAACCUGUGUGCAUGCCCCUGCCUGGAGGCAUCUCCAAGUUCUGCGGCCGUGUGUACGGAAUCUCGCGCCAGGGAGAGAACUUUAAGGCGUGUCUUGGUCUCGAGUUGAGAGCUCUGGAUGACCUAGAAGCAGCGCUACGGGUCUCCUGCUUCCGGUUUGGACCACAGGGCCUAAACCUUGAGCCAGCACCUCCGGUUCCGGCGACUGAAGCUGCUAAUAACGAUGACGACGACGAUGAUGACGAUGACUACGGAAUUGCUGAUGACGAUGACGACGAAGACGAUGACGAUGACGACGAUGACUUCGGAAUUGUUGAUGACGACGAUGAUGACGACGAUGAUGCCGAAGAAGCCUCUGAGAAUGAUGUUUCUCCAGAUUAUGAAGGAUUUAGUGUUUUCGGAGAUGAUUUCUUAGGCGGUAUCUUUGGUGGCAAUAAAAAGAAAAAGAAAAACACAAACGCAAACAAACCCCAGCCUGUUCUUCGACCACUGAAGACAAGUUCAGAGACUCCGAUCCUCGAGCCCACCCCUCGACCAACAAAGCCCGCAACACAGCUGACAGUGAAGCCAGUGAGGGUGCGAACCACGGUUAAACCAGUCCGCAAGUCCACCACCACCACGACAAGGAAACCCCCACAUAGGUCCACCACAACCACCACCAUCACACCGGAACCUGAAACGAAGAUUCCAGAGAUGCCAAUCACAGUAAAGGUUCAGAAAGAACCAGUGACUUCGACUGCCAUCACAAUCACAGUCAUGGAGGGUGACGAAACAGAGACUGUGCUCCCAGGAAUGUCAAGCGACGUCAUGGUUUCAAGCGAGGCAGAGAAAUCAGAAUCUACAACCAUAGGACAAGAUCAAACUACACCCAUUCUGGAAGUAACAACUAAAGCAGUGGUCUCAGCGGUCCCUAGCAUUACAGACGACCCAAAGAAAGAUGAAGGACAAGAGACAGACGACGACGACGAUAAUGAUGAUGACGAUGAUGAUGAUGACGACGACGAUGAUGAUGACGACGACGAAGACGAGGAUUCUGACGAAGACGCGGCGAAUGAAACCGAGACGACUCCAGGAAACGAAGCUGAGGGCAACAAGACAAAUGUGAAAAAGGGUACCGAGGAUGAAGAUGACGAUGACCUAGAUCUAGGUUUAGACGAUGAUGAUGACGACGACGACGAUGAUGAUAACGAAAAAGGCCGAAGCCAGACGGCAGUGGUGGCGCUACGCAGCGGCAGGACACACAGACGGAUGAGGCUAGAGAGACGGUGAAUCAGCAGUGUAAAAUGACGCAGCUGUAGUCACACAUUCCAAAGACACUAUCGGUUUUAUACGUAUUUAUUGCUUAUAAUUUAUUAAAAUAAGACGAUAUUUUAUUGAAUAAUGUAGAAUGAGACUUCUUAAUCCUAUAUAAACUGAAAUAUGGCCUCCCUCCGUUCCCGAUAAAGUGUCGGCCCGUAUGUGCGUGUUUAUGUUUUGUCUCCACAUUAAUAGAUUCGUUCGUAAACUAUUUCGCUCAUGCACCUUCCCAACUACACUAAUCUCUCAUAAAAGUACUUGAAGAUUUGCACUUCUAGCUCAACACCACUUCAUUAUCCCGUUCUAAUCAACUAUGAGGUGCAGAUGUUUCCUCAGAAAUUGAUAAUUUCUCAGUUGGUCAAGACAUUCCCUCCUUCUGAGACUUCAAUCAAGGAUGAACUUACUUAUGUAAAGGCAGAUUCUGUCAAAACUUAACAUAACUUCUAGUGUACGAGCAAUAGACUGUGUUUUGAAUUUUAAGGCCCUGAAUACAUUUGGGUGUGUCCCAUUUACUUCGGAGGAAAGUCUUAAAAUAAAUUUGUAGGUAUAAUAACUGA